UUGAUGCCGAACGCGAUUCCACGCCCCUUCAGCGUUGGUACACGCCUACGCCCUCUCACUUCUUAUUGGCUAGGCUGUGAUAACACAAGCCCCGCCCCAUCACAGGCUCUCUCAGGUUUCUCUUCUCUGGUCGUUAUAGCAACCGCUCCCCCCCAAGUAACGAGGGAAGGGAGGGGCGAAGAGGAGGAGCGAGGGGCGUGUCAGCACCGCCCGAUGAUUUGAUUGACGCGAUUGAGAGGCCUGGUUAAGUUUCCAUAGCAACGACGCAAGCGACCGUGUCCGGUUCUCCUGAUCUACGAGGCCCCCCCGGUCAGGGCAGGUAAUAACCGAGCCGGAUAGAAAGUAAAGAAAUGGCGUUCGCUCCACCAAAGAACACAGAGGGGGCGAAGCUGCAGACUAAGAUGAGCACGUGGACCCCCCUGAACCACCCAUUGAUGAACGACAAGGUGUUCGAAGAAAGAAGAGCGCUACUCGGAAAAUGGUUUGACAAGUGGUCAGACGCUCAGAGACGCCGCGUCCUGUGUGACCUGUUUGAGAGAUGCAGCGUGUCCCAGCUCCGAUUCUGCAGCGGCCAUCUUGAGGAUAAAGCCCCUAGGGACUCGCUGGAUUUUUGCACCGUGUUCCCCAGAGUGCUCAGCCUCUACAUCUUCUCCUUCCUGGACCCUCGCAGCCUCUGCCGCUGUGCACAGGUGAGCUGGUACUGGAAGACCCUAACAGAGCUCGACCAACUCUGGAUGCCAAAAUGUCUGCGCUUUGGUUGGUACAUCAAUUUUUCCCCAUCUCCUUUCGAGCAGGGGGUGUGGAAGAGACAAUACAUAGAGAUGGUAAAAGAACUUCACGUGACCAGGCCCAAGACGCCUCCAAGAGACGAUUUUGUGGUUAUCGAUGUUCAGCCAAUUACUAAAGAAGUUUCAGAUCCCAAAUUGACUUCUUCAUUCUCUCACCGGUCUGUGAGGUCACAUGACAAAGAGAAGAAGGAACUCCCACCAUGGCGGUCAUCCGACAAACACCCGACCGAUACCAUAAGAUUCAACUACCUGGAUAACUUCAGUCCCAUUGAGCAAUCUCAGCAGGCGCGGAAAUCCAGCGCUGGGACCUCAAAUCUCAACAAGCAGAACUCAGAGAAAAAGAAGACACCAACAUCUGCAUCUUACAAGUUACGCAAGGCAAAGUCACUGCAGUGUAAACCUCUCCCGGGAGGCUCGGCUUGUACCCGUCAGAUGAUGAUUUCGUCUGAAUUCGGAAACUUAGGCAAGCCUCUAUCCAGACCGAGCUGGGCCGCGCUUCAGGCAGGAGGAUACCCAGUCAGCCGGACGACCGCGAAGGAGCUGGCACAGAGUACGGAGUGGAACGCCGGCAUACGUCCUGCGCCCGUACGAGCCGGGGUUCCCAAAUUGUCUGAGAAGGGAAAGAAGGCCUGCGCCCGCACAUCCAGGAGCUCCCCAACCAUAUCCCUGUUUGAGAGUCAGCCCUGGCAGGUGCCCACAUCAGACGAGGACUAGACGCCCGGAUGUCAUUGUCUCGUGUACGGGACGGACCUGCUCCAGGCACCUGCUGACCAGUCGGAUCACUUCUCUCUAUAGACAAGGUGCAGCCUCAUCUCUCACAUCUGACAUCCACCAAACAUGACCUCGUCCGGCAUCCAUUGUAUAUACACAGUGCCUUAUAUAUGACCUCUAUCCCCUGGAGCAGUGUUUCCCAACCUGGGUGCCUCCAGC